AUGUGGUGCGUAUUGAGAAAGGACGGAACUGUGCUUCAAGAACUGAAGCCGUUGAAAAGGAACAGUGAGGAUCUGGAGCCAGUAGUUCUCGUGAACGUGCGUGUCCUGAUUCACACCAUUGCCCGAGAAACAGAAGCUCAGAUCGAGAUGAAAGUAGUGUCCUCGAUUUCCCUUAAUGACUUCUUACACAUUUCGAUGGAGUUGAGUCUGGCAGAGGGAAUGGACUGCAAUGAUCGAAGCCGGGCUGGAUUUAAGGACUGCCUACAUAAGUGGACUGUAAGAGUCGCUCCAUCUAGCUUCCUGAAUGAGGCAACGUAUCUAUCCUCAGCUGGAAAGCAAAGCCAAUUGAUUCUUAGAAAGCUUGACUCGUUCAUCCAAAGUUCCCUGGCUUUACAAGCUCUCGACUUGACUUGUUUCCCCCACACAUAUGAGUGUUUACAUGUACUCAAGCUAAGCAUGAUGUAUAGAAUCUCGAAAGUAGCGCUGAUACAUUUAGAUGCCAUGCCACGAGCUAGCUGUACGACAUGCCUUGGAAACGGACCACGACCAGCACCAACCAGCAUCAUAAAUUUUAGAGAGACUUCCAAUGCGGUUUCAUUGAUUGAUUUAGAAGACCAGCCCAUCAUGUUCCGCCACUUCAGCGAAACCAAGUCAUCCGAUGGUCGGCAGAAAAGAUCGCAGGCGACUAGAAUAUUGACCGGCGCAUUUUUUUUGGACUCGGUGACUCUUGCAAUAUCACAUGCUGCACCUUUCUUUCCAUACCUCAGCUUCUGCAGAAGACCGAAAUCCGUAGUCCAAGUCCGAGAAGUCGCUGACGAGGCCGACGAUACCAUGUCAGCCAACAACGAUAGGGGAGUAAGUAUUGUCACCGUCGCUCGCUCCAGCUGCCGGCCGGCCGUGCUGACGUCUGGUAUUCCACUUGCUGAUUUACGAGCCGAGCGUAUCCGCCUGAUCGUAUACCUGUUCGCAAGACACGACGUGCAAGUGGGCGAAACGCUAGCUGUUGUCGUGAAGAUUGUUGGAAUGUAUCCAUCUUUCCUCAACCCAAUUAUCCAGAGAAAAAAAAGCAGACCUAUAAAGUUUCACAUAAUUCCGAGUCAUCUGAUUGAUACAAAUAUUCAUUUAAGAUUUUUUGUUUCAUAUUCGGACCGUCAGAAUGAAUCCGUCGUCUUUUUUGAAAAAAAUGUAACUCUUCCAUGUCGAGAGAGGAAACAUUUUUACAAAAGAAACAACAUACAUCGCAUACGAAAAAAGCAAGACAGACGCAAACUAAAAAAAAAAGCCACAAGGUACUCAAGGGUAUUCGAGUACCGCACCGAGCCGCUCGCAAAAGCAGACAACAAAACACGAAUUUGGGUGUUGAUAAGAAAAUGGAAAAGCUGCAUUCGUGUCUCCAGGUCAGACAAAGAUCAACCCAGAAGAGACUUGCUGUGGGCGACUUCGGGUGCUGGCGUUCCGCUGCUUUCACAAUUUUCCUUUCUCUCUCUCCGCGUUAAGAUUCCCAUGCUGCAUCCCAUCUCUGGCUCAAUCUUGUUUGAGUUGAGAGAAAAGAUGCAUCCCGUACGCUGAUGAUUUGGUAAAGACUUUGAUGAAUGUGCUUAAGCCGCUGGCUUCUCCUCAGCAGCUGCUGGAGGCUCGGUGGCUGGCUCUGCCGCCUUCUCCUCGCCCUUGGCCUCGCCUGCAGCGGCGUCUGGCUCGCCACCGUCCGAUGACGUCCAGAGGGUGAGGUUGUCGCGGAGGAGCUGCAUGAUGAGAGUGCUGUCGCGGUAAGACUCCUCAGACAGCGAGUCGAGCUCGGCGAUGGCAUCAU